CCCGAUUGCAACGACGAAGACAAUGAAGCACCUAAAACGUGUAAGCCAGAUGCGUGUAAACUCGAGGCAUUUCGAUGCGAGAAUAGAAAUUGUAUAUCUUCUUCGUUGAAGUGCGACGGCACCAAUGAUUGUCACGAUGGCAGCGACGAGUCGAAUUGCUCAGAUACGAAAUCAAAUUAUUUGGUUAAUUGCACAGCGGACGAAUAUCAGUGUCUUGACUCUGAUGUAUGUCUUUCAAAAAAAGUAAAAUGCAACGGCGUAAAUGAAUGUCCAAAACACGAUGACGAGCACAAUUGUUCAUCUUGCUUCGACUAUGAAUUUACCUGCGACAAUGGAAAGUGCAUUCCGAAGGAUUGGGUAUGCGAUAAUCGCGAAGAUUGCAACGAUAAUUCGGAUGAGAACAAUUGCGACGGUGGUAAAAACAUCAUCAAGGAAUAUGACAAAUGUAAUGAAUUCAAAUGUUCUAACGGCACUUGUCUGCCAUACUACAAAACGUGCAACGGUAUUCAAGAUUGCCCAGACGGUAGCGAUGAAGACGGGAAAUGCGAAAUUGCUUGUGCGGAGGACAAUGUUUGUAAAGGUAUGUGUUACAAAACACCAAAAGGUGCAGUUUGCGAUUGUCAAGAUGGAUAUCGUUUAGCUGCCGAUGCGAUUUCUUGCGAGGACAUAAACAAAUGCAAAGACGACGUUUGCUCGCAAAUUUAUCACAAUACUGAGAGCUCUUACGUGUGUUCGUGCUACGAGGGAUAUAUUAUCCGUAACGACAAAGUUUCUUGCAAAGCUGUCGGACCGGGAAUGGAAUUCAUUACAGUUACUAAUAAUGAUAUUAGGAUGAUCUCGUCUAAUUUUUACUCAGAUAAGAUCUUCUCAUUAUCGAAAAUGAGUAUAAUUGAAUCCGGAGGUCUCGACGUGAACGCAGUCAGCCGCUCUGUCUAUUGGAGUAACAUCUCAACUGACUUGCCAAAUGGACAAGCAAACAAAAUUAUGUUCCACAUAUAUCGGAUAUAUAACAUAUAUCGGACAGAUUUGAUGGGCGCCGACAUGAAGAUUAUCGGUUCUACUACAAAAUUUGUGACCGGGAUGGCAAUUGAUUAUAUAAGAUAAUUAUAUUGGUCGGACGAUCUCAAUAAAACCAUUGAAUCAUCUAAUUUGGAUGGAAGCCAACGUAGCACGUUUUUAAGUAUAGAUAUGCAAGCGAUAGCUAUCAGUAUUUAUAAACAGAAACUUUAUUGGGUGAAUAGAAAGGCUCAACUACAAAUUUGUAACCUGUACGGUAAACAAUUUUGCGACACGUUUAAUUUAGGCACGAAUAAUUUUCAUAGUCACUUCACCAUUCUUCAUAUAUAUCUCCAGACAAUCUCUGAAAAUUCUUGUGACAAAGAAUAUUGCGAUUAUAUGUGCGUUUUGAAAAAGGACAAUGCUACGUGCAUUUGUUCAGAUGGUAAACCGGUAAGAUCCAAUAGUACUUGCAUGAUGAGUAGUGAGCCGAAACUUGUUGGAAAUCUAUCCAAAAGUACACACAAUGCAAGUGGCGUUUAUAGCAUAACAAUAAUCGUAUUGCUAGUUGAUGUUCUAUUAUUAUACGCUUACUACUAUUAUCAGAAAAACAGAUUUAAAUUGAAAUCAACGAAUGAUCUUAGCAAUAUUCGCUUCCAAAAUCCGUCGUAUGAUCGAAGAGACGAGGUUGAGAUAACACUCAACUCGGUAUCUUCAGAAUUGGCUCCUGGACAGCACGAAUACGUUAAUCCUGUUGAUAAUAUAUUCUUAAGUAUAAAGCUACAUUUAUCUGAUUACAGUAUGCAACAUAUUUAUAUUGUUGUGAAUCACACGGAAUAUACAUGA